AUGAGCCUGCGCUCAAUACUGGGUGGCGGUCGCGUGAGAAAGUCAAAGCCAAGGCCGAAAGCGACAGUCUCAGCGUCGCCACGGAAGAACAGUGGGACCAACAGCCCCCGGGCCGGCAGCAGCGUCAAGAAGAAACCCGCGCCGGCAGACGCUGGUCUGGACUACGACGAUGACGACGACUUCUUCCAUGACAGGCUCGACGAUGUCGGCCUGGUUGCGGCGUUGGCGACCGACAUGUCGCUUCGCGAUGUUGUCCAGGCCAUCAAGUACACUCGCAACCACAUGUUCGGCCCUAUGCCAACAGAAGCGGCUGGCAUGAAUUCUACGCGCAUCGCCGAGGUGCUCAAUUACCGCAAAGCCAUACCAGGGAUCGUGACGGUAUCACACCUCCACGCGCUGCUGGCCUCCCCAACCGCUGUGGAGCGCGAGGUCGCAGAGUUGCAGCGUGGCGGAGCUCUUCGCAAGAUCUACGUGCCACGUCGGGGUGGGCUGGGCGAAGCUCUUAUCCAGACGUCCGAGCUGGAGGAGAUGAUAGCGCAGUCUGCAGGGCUGGACGAGGAGGCGAAGACGGCAUUCUUGCAGUUUCUCAGAGAAAACCCCCUGGCGCAGACGAUGCCGCGGUCUGCCUGCCAUCAAAAGCAGGCCGAUGCUCUGGUGCGGGCAGGGUUCUUGACGGCCAGUAUACAUCCGCAGCACGUCAACACUCCGCUGAUGAAUUUGCAUUUGCGCCCGGAGGACCGCGGCAGCUUGAUGAGCAUCGAGGCGGUGUCCCGCGCAGCGUCCGGCACUUUUGACGCCGUCGGCGGCCAGGGGGCUGUACACGCCGCAGGUGGUGGCGGAGGGGCGCUGCGGUCAUCCCGUGCCGAUGCGUCAUCAUCUUCGGGGGUGGAAUUCACCAUUGCAGUGCCCGGAAACGGGUCAUUUCUAAAACUGACCGCCGCCGCGGUGGAACAACUUACCCAGCUAUUGUCCAGAUCGCAGUUUAGGGAGAUGCCUGUGUCCAUGUUAAGGGAGCGAUGGGAGGGUGGCGUAGCCCGUGACGGGGCACGUCUCGCAAGGAAGGCCAGGGGAGAGUUCGCCGGCGUGCUGCCGGGACGGACGAAAAGAUGGAAGGACUUCUAUGGCUUGGAGUUCCACUGGGUAUUGGAGGAGGCAAUGGGCGCCGGCCAGGUUGAAGUCUUUGAGACGCGGAGCGUCGGCAGGGGAGUUCGUUUGCUGUAA